CAAUGGAGCAUUAUUCAAGUUCUUUGGUGUUAGAUGAAGAUGUUUGGGAGGAAAUACAAUUUUGGAUGAAAAGUUUGGUGAAUAUGUGGAGGGAAGAUGAAGAAGACCAAGAUUGUGUGUUCUUUGAAAAUGCUAGGGAUAUACACGAACAAAAACAUAUGUCUAUUGAAUGUGUUCCAUUACCUAGAGAAAUUGGUGAUUUGUCUCCUAUAUAUUUUAAGAAAGCAAUAAUGGAAUCAGAAAAGGAAUGGAGUGUAAACAAAAAAUUAAUUGAUCUUUCCAAAAAUCCAAGACAAAGUCAAGGUGUUCGUGGAUUAGUGCCUAAAGGUUUCCCCUACUUUGCUGUCUAUUUUGGAUUGCAACCUGGAUAUGCCCACGUUAUUGAGAAGGAGAAAAAUUUUCCUGCUAAUUUUGCUCAGGAAAUAAUUGGAGGAAUGCUUGAUUUACACUACAAACAUUGGAAAAAUCCAAAAAAGCAGUCAUUUAAUGAAAUUAAAAUUAAACGAGAACAAUUACGUCAAAAAUUUUCAAAAUAUGAUUGGACAGAAAAUACAGAUAAUGAAAAAGAGGAAAAAGAGGAGGAAAAAAAUUAA